AUGUAUCUACAACGAUCAGCUCUCCUGGCUGCUCGCCGCAUAGCCGUCACUCGCCCAAUUACACGGGGUCUUUCGAUCUCCCUCGCUCGCCUCACAGGAGAAGCGCCUACUCCGUUAAAUGAUGGCAAUACUAACUCAAAUAGCCAAAAAAUGAAAAAAUUCCAAGAGAUAAGCAGCCCCGAUGAUCUUCUAGCUCCAGGAGCAGCGCCGGGAACCAUUCCCACAGACCUCGAACAAGCUGUCGGUUUAGAGCGUCUAGAAAUAUUGGGAAAGAUGCAAGGCGUCGAUAUAUUUGACAUGAAACCUCUAGAUUCAUCACGUCUUGGUACGCUCGAAAACCCUAUAAUGGUCAAGUCUGCUGGGGAGGAAAAUUAUGCUGGAUGCACCGGAUUUCCAGCCGAUUCACACAAUGUCAUUUGGCUCACGGUAUCUCGAACUCGUCCAAUAGAGAGGUGUCCUGAAUGCGGAAAUGUCUUAAAGAUGGAAUAUAUCGGACCCCAAGAAGACGACUCUCAUGAUUCACACCAUGAUCACCAUUCGUACGAAGAGCCAAAAACAUUUGCAGAUUUUAUUCAUCCCGAGUAUCGAUAUCGGUAG